AUGGAUUCAACGCUGUUGCUGCUGUUCUCUUACGUGGCGUUGCUGGGUUUUGUGCUCUUCGUCCUGCUGUUUGGCGAAUCGGCUUCGUUCGAUGGCAGCUUCAUAAGCUCCGCGCACUAUUGGAUCACUUCAGGGGUUUUCGAGAUUCCAUUUUACCUUCUCGGUUUCUUCUUUGGCGAGAGAGGUGAACGAGCUGGUGACGUCAUCUUCCACUUCUUCUGCGAGCAGCGAAACCCACUUUUCCAGAUCAUCUACCUUGUGCUGGUGAUCGGAGGAUACUACUCCUUCCACGUCUACUGCAUGAGCUUCAUCCCCGGACCCUACCUCUCCUCCAUCCACAGGUAUACGGCACCAGCAUCCCUCGUUGCCACCCUCACAACUUUCCUUAUAGCGAGUAUAUCUGACCCCGGUACAGUCACAUCCGCUACAGUGCAGCAGACGCAGGCAGUGUAUCCAUACGAUGGGGUCAUCUACACCAGACGAGUCUGCUCCUCCUGCAAGAUACCCAGGCCAGCACGAGCCAAGCACUGCAGGGUGUGCAACCGUUGCAUUUCCAGAUUCGACCACCACUGUGGAUGGGUGAACAACUGUGUUGGGGAGAAUAACCUUCGUUACUUCCUGCUCUUCCUCUUUGCGAACAUCUGCUUUCUGGCGUAUGGUGUGUUUGGCGUCUGUUCCAUCCUGGCAGGCGAAAUCACUCGCAGCAAAGUCAUCACUGCCAUUAUAGAGCAUGAUCCCUCCAGGUCUCACGCUUUUGGCUGGCUGCCUGUUCUCAUUCAGUGGCUCACGGUCUAUUUCCACCGCCAGUGCGCGCUGCUGCUCUUCUUCCUUGUCAUCCUCGUCGUUCUCUCCUGCUUCCUCCUCUACCACCUCCACCUCGUCAUUACCAAUGUCACCACCAACGAGACGUACAAGUGGGCGCAAUAUCGGCGGUGGGUGGCCCAUGAAGCUUCCAGGAUGCUGCAGCAGAAACAUCAGGAUGAGGUGGAGCAGAUGAGAGAUGCUGCAGUUGAUGCUGAGAGGAAGGCAGAGCCUUUGAGAGGAAAGCUUGAAGUGAGAGCCAACAAGGAGCGUGCGAUCGGGAUUGACUUUUCGAGACUGAGAUUGCGGGAAUACGGUGCUGGGUGGUUCUCUGCGGUAUGGUCAAUGGUCUUUGGUGGACAAGGAGGAGCAGAGCGUACGUUGAGAAUCUGGGUUGACCCGGCAAGUGUUCCUGUAGACAAUGUCUACAGUAGAGGGCUGGUUUAUAAUAUAAAAGAGGUGUUGGCUCCUGAGGGGAUCUAUGCUGAGAGGCGUAAGAUGAUAGGCUUGAAAGGUACUGCAGGUGCUGGAGAGAUAGUGAAGCGAGAUGCUGGCAAAACAAAACAAGCUUGA